AUGAAUGUGUCAGGAGUCAACACAGUCUCUGAAUUCAUACUCCUGAGUUUUCCCUGCUCUAGAGAGGUUCAAGUCCUCCUCUUUGUGCUCUUCUCUGUGUCCUACAUCCUGACACUGAUGGGGAAUGGGGCCAUUGUCUUUGCAGUGAAGCUGGAUCACAGACUCCACACUCCCAUGUACACUCUGUUGGCCAACUUCUCGUUCCUGGAGAUGUGUUACAUCAACACCACUGUCCCCAAUAUGUUAAGGAACUUCCUGUCUGAGACCAAAACCAUCUCUUUCACUGCCUGCUUCCUCCAGUUCUACUUCUUCUUCUCCAUGGGCAUUACUGAGACCUUCUUACUGCCCCUCAUGGCUUUUGAUCGAUACUUGGCCAUCUGCCGACCUCUCCACUAUCCUACCAUCAUGAGCAGCCGUCUCUGCAUGAACUUGGUGGGCCUCUGCUGGGUAACAGCCUUCCUCUGCUAUCCAGUCCCUAUCUAUUUCAUCACACAACUCCCCUUUUGUGGCCCCAAUACCAUUGACCAUUUUGUCUGUGACCCUGGUCCCCUUCUGGCCCUGUCCUGCAUUCCUGCCCCUGGAAUUGAGCUUUCCUGUUCUAUAUUGAGCUCUCUUAUUAUUUUUAUCACCUUCUUCUUUAUCCUUUGGUCCUACACCCUGGUUCUCAGAGCAGUGUUGCGUGUGCCUUCAGCUGCUGGCAGACGUAAGGCCUUCUCCACCUGUGGUUCCCACCUGGCUGUGGUAUCUCUGUUCUAUGGAACCAUUAUGAUGAUGUACAUCAGCCCAACCUCUGGAAAUCCAGCUGGACUACAGAAGAUUGUAACCUUGCUGUACUCAUCAGUGACUCCACUUGUAAACCCGCUGAUCUACAGUCUCCGGAACAAGGACAUGAAGACUGCCUUGAGAAAAAUUCAGAUGUUUACAAAAACUGGCCAAAGCAAACAAAGAUCAUGAGUGGACCAAGAUCAUAAUAUUUAUUUUUUCCUUCAUACUCUUCUCCAUAGUGGCUGUACCAGUUUACAUUCCCACCAACAGUGUACAAGGGUUUCCUUUUCUCCACACCCUCUCCAACAUUUAUUAUUUGCAGAACUUUUUAAUGAUUACCAUCAAAAAGAUCUAUUCCAACUUAAAAAGUAGAUCUCUACUACUGUCUCUAGAAAUACAGAUCCAAAUUCAUCUACUUCUGCCUAGACAAUAUGGACAAUAGUACAACCGAUUAAAUCAGACCUUACCUUCAAACCAGGACUUGAUAGAUAGUAACUUGAAUUAAAUGACCCGAAUCUGAACUUUAAACUCUUCUCCUAUCCUGAAUGCCAGUGACUAUUUUCCCUUUAUCUGAGGUCACUCUCCUCUAUUGUGUGCAUAUUCUUACAUUUGGUUUGUAUCAUAAUUGAGCCAAAAUUUGAAUUUAAUCAAUAUCCAAAAAAAUAAUAAUGAUCUUAAGCACUAUGUCAUAGUUAUUUAGAGAACUCUUUAAAAGAAUAGAUUCCCAGGUCUUUCUCCGAAUCCCCUAAUUCAGAAUAUAAAAUUAACCCCAGAAAUUCCCAUUUUAAUGUGAUUCUGGUGUACCUAGACCAGCACCAGUUCACACACUGACCUUACAGGGCCACUAUUUUAAGAAAAAUACAUGACAUAUAGUGAGAAAUAAAAAUCUUACAAUAAUUGGUUGGGAAAGUGAAACAAGUUAUGGUGAGUAGUACAGAUGAUUCAAACACUCAUGACAGCUGCAGUGGAAGCUUCUCCUGCCUCUAUUCCCAAAUCCUCCAUUUAUAGAAUAAGAAAAAUAUUACAGUCUUCUUACCUUUUCCUACCUGUGAAAAAUAAUUAAGAUACCUAAAAAUAGGCUUACAUUUUAAAAGAUUAGCAUGUAGUGACAAUAUAUCAAUACUUUGGGGUUAGUUUCAAGAGAAGGAAGCUUGAGUUGAGCACGCAGCUCAAAAGAGGUAAAAGCAGACAGAGAGUAAAAGCCAGUGAUCCUGAGAUAUGAGACAGGUGUAGGUGAUUUGGCUCAACUAUUUGGUCAUAAAUAAAUUAGCCAAGUUGUCCUCUGGGGUUGAUGCAUUUCAUUCAGGCAUUCAAUAAACAUUUAUCUCUAUUCGAAUGCAGAAGAUCAAGUCCCUGUCUUUGUGGAGCUUACAUUUAAGUGAAGGGAAUAGAAAAUAAGAAGCUGAACACAUAAAUCUCAUUAAUUAUAGCUACUAAUUCCAGUAGUUUGAAAAAUUUGUAACUAUAUGGGGUAAUGGAUAUUAUCUACAAUUAGACUUCUUGAAGUAAUGGUUUCACCAUAUUUACAUAUAUUGAACAAUGUUGUACACC